AUGGGUGAGGCGGUCGCACGGAGCACGAAUGCUGCUCAGCAGGAUCUAUUGCCCUCCGACGGUACGACGAGAGCCCGGGUGCUUCAGUCAGAGAGUGCGCAGACAAGGUCAUCAAUCUCGGAGAAGCUGCUGCAUAUGACUCUUAGAAAAGGUGUGCGUUGGUAUCCGAAGGCUCUUUUGCACAAGACAGACGAGCCACCGUCUCAGCCAGAGGGCGAACUCGCUCCGAAGCGAACCACAAAACUGUCGCUGUUCGAGCGUUUUCGUGACUUAUGGAGCAAAUGCAGCCUCAAAGAGCAACAAGUUGGUAUGUGCAUUCUCUACAAGGUACGUGUAUUGCGUCUUGAACCACUUGAGGGACGCAGUGUGCCACCGCCCCUGUUCCAGGCGCUCCGCGUUGGCUCCAAGGACGUCGACGGCGGAGACGCCGGAUCGCACGUACAAAGGUCGCUAUGGCCGUCGACUUUGUGGAGAAUCUGCCUUGUAGCCAUCUGGGACACCUCUCUUUUGGUCAUGGAGGGUGUAGAUUCCAUCAUUCUAGCGAUGCCUGUGGUUGCCCCGGCUCUUGACUGGGGCCAGUUCGAUUCCGGCCGCGACGCCGAUGGCCGCCUUCGCACGCUGCCGCUGAGCGUCUGUCAGCUCAUUUCGGACCAAGCUGGGCCAGGGAGCCUGCACGAGGACUUUAUCGGGGCCAGCACUGAAUUAGAAGAUGAAAAAAAGGCAUCCGGGUCACCGAUUCUGGUUCUCGAGACUCCGUUCCUCGGUUUGGUGCUACAGUUUUCCUGUGAAGCAGAGCGCUCGCGAUUUGCCGCGGAAUUCGAUGCAAAGAAGCGGGCCGCCAUGCGAUGCGUCCAACUCUAUCACAGCGCUGUUCGCUUCGUGGAGUGCCUGUGGCUUCGGUAUCGCUGGCGAACGCUCGUGGAUGCUUCUGCAGUUCGCUUCGAGAGAUUCCGGGGUCGUAGGGAUCGUUCGUUCGCCACGUCGACCAAACCGAUGCCCGCUGUGGUAGUGGCGGAGCGUUUCCAAGCGCUCUAUCGCGCGGUCCAGGCGAGAAAGCUCAGAGCGCGUCUGGCAGUGGCAUGGCAGGUUGCUCGCCAGAAGGGCAUGAAUGUUCGCAUUGAAGGACAAUGUCACGUUGGCGCUUCGCUGGUUACGAAAGCCUGGCUCAAAGCGGGGCGCGCUCAAGUCCAGUGGCUCCGCGCUGGACAUUGCGAUUCAGGCCCAGACUCAUCUAAUCGUGCGGAUCCCAUACCCGGCGCCAACGGCAGGGUCUACACAUGCAGCGGGGAGGACCUCUCGCACGCCCUCAUUGCACGGUGGAUCGUGUGCAGCCCCCGAACUGGGGAAACCAUAGACCAAUUUGAGGUGCAGACAAGGCCGGUGACGAUCUCCGCUUCGAGCAAAGAGGGGCUCCUGCUCCAGCGCUUGUUCCAACUGCCACAAUGCCGAGUGCGCUGCGUCUACCAUCAGCUCGGCGACCAGCAAUCGACAACGUUGAAGGACAACGAGACAUAUCUAAUGGUUCUCCGCUCGGAUGAUAUCUGUCUGUAUCCUCAGGAACCCGAGCGUGAAUCACGAGAUUCUGCGGAGAACAGCUGCCAGCGACCAUUAUCGGUGUCCACUGGAGCGGACGUGGCCGGACCUUGCCUGUUGCGUUUCCCCUAUCGAGCGCUGUAUACCAGCUCUGAUGUGUUCGUGCCUGCAUCAGGACCACUUCUGCUCGUUGCGGACCUCACGCAUCAUAUAUAUUUGGUGCUGGCAGCGCGCUCCUUUGCUGAGCGCAACGUGUUGAUUUGCAUCAUCCAGCAACUGGUGCGAACCGCUGCGCCUUCGGUGCACGUCAUGAUGCCACCAGCAGGAAUCGCCCGUUUUGCUUUACAGGCAGCAGAAGCUGCUCAACGCCUUACAGCGAGUAGCCCUAUGCGACGUCAACACCAGCCACAACAACCACAAAAACAAGCGCCGCAAGUUAUUCGGCAGAGCGAUGCCGAGGACUCCGACUCGGAACCCUGCCCCAGUUUUGAGUCGAGUGGCCUCUGGGAUGCGCCCAUGCUGCGAAUCAGCCGAGACGACCCAGAGAUGCGUCGAGAAGGUCGUUCCAUGGAACUGGCCCGUGCCGGUUGGCAAGCCUUGGGUCGCGGCUUCGCAGGACUCAUGCACACAGGCAAGACCAUUGCGUCGCGAACAUCCUCGGAGCAAUUCCGAAGUCUCGCGUCCAGAACGCGCGCCAACGAUACGAGUCAGCGCGUUCGUGCCGCGAUCCGGAAGCUGUAUCAGGAGCAUGUACGUGGCCCGCAAACCCGAGUCUCCUAG